AUGCAUCACUGCAACGAGGUCCUCAACAUCUCCGCCAAGCUUAGCGGCAUCGGUGCGAAGAUGGAAGACGAAGACGUUGCAAUUUGUCUGCUACUCAGUCUUCCGAAGAGCUACGAAAAUGUGGUGCUCAACAUGGAAAUGAGCAGCACCGAGCUUCGCACUCAAGAUGUGGUGAGAGUCCUGACGAAUGAGCAUGCCAAGCGUCAAGGAGAAAAAGGGACAACGACAGCGACUACGGUGAAGGCUGAAGAUGCAAGCAAGGCAUUCAGCGCCGAGCGUGAGCCCUACCAAUGCACGUAUUGUGGCAAGGUGGGACACACGGUGGAUCGUUGCUGGACAAAGCAGAAGAACGAAGGCAAUGGCUACGAUCGAGUGGCGUUUGCAGUCUCGUUCGAAUGUGGAGUUUCGACGAGCAAGGACGUGUCUGGAAUGUGGGCCGUCGACAGUGGUGCAACGCACCACAUUUGCCACGACAAGACCAAGUUCGCAAGUUUGGCAGAGCGCAAUGAGGGCGAACUCUUGGUGGCUGAUGGCAACAAGGUGGCCAUCAAGGGUGUGGGAACCAUCAUGGAAAAGGUGGUUCUGCCCAACGGUGAAGAGCGUGAGAUCGAAAUCAAGAACGCGCUAUAUGUUCCAAGUAUGAGCAAGAACCUGCUCUCGGUGCCACAGAUUAACAGCCAUGGCAAGUUUCAAGUCGUGUUUGACGGGUCCAAGAUGUAUGUGACUCUCAAGAACUCACAGCAAGUGGUGGCGACAGCGGAUCUCGUGGAUGGACUCUACUGGCUUCGGACGACUCAACGAUCAGCGAAUGUGACAACAAGUGGAACCAGUUGUGCCGAUCUACAUGCGAGAAUGGGUCAUGCUACAGUCGACGUGCUUCGCAAGAUGGUCUCCAACAACAUGAUCAAAGAUGUGGGAGUGCCUCUCAAGUCAAGUGGAUCAGGUACAUGUCGAGGAUGUCAGCAAGGGAAAAUGGUCCAAAACCCAUUCCCAAGCAAUCGUGACAAGCGAAGUUACGACACGUUUGAGCUACUUCAUCUGGACAUCUGCGGGCCCAUGGAAAAGGAUUCGCUCGGUGGCAGCAAAUAUUUGCUGCUGAUCAUCGACGAAGCCAGUGGAUGCAUGAAGGGCUUUUGUCUACGAGUGAAGUCCGAGAGUGAAGACUACAUCCGGAAAUAUAUCACCAUGGUACAGACGCAAUUCUGUAAGAAGGUCAAGUUCGUGCGACACGACGGAGCUCGCGAGUUUGCAACCAACUCGCUUCAACUGUUCUACGAAGACGAAGGCAUUGAACAGCAGACAACGGUGCCGUAUGCACAUCAAACAAACGGAACAGCAGAGCGUGCCAUUAGGACUAUUGUCACGAUCGGUCGCAGCAUGCUUCAUCAUGCCAAACUGGACAAGUGUUUCUGGGCCGAAGCAGCGAUGACGGCCAUCUACGUCAAGAAUCGACUGCCGUCACCUAAAGUCGUGCACAAGACCCCGUUUGAGAUCGUCUACAACUUGAAACCAAGCGUCAAGCACAUGCGAACAUUCGGGUGUCAGACAUACAUACUGACGCCUAAAGAGAAUCGACUCAAGUGGGAUCCAAAGGCUCGCGCUGGCAUAUUCGUGGGCUACGAAGAAUUUUCGAAGGCAUAUCGUGUUUAUGACAUCGAGGCGGGGCAGGUGGUUAUCAGCCGCGAUGUCAACUUCGACGAGUCCACCUUUGGACUUCAACUGCCGAUCACUGAUGAAGAUGUCGAUGACCUGGACUUCGAAUUGCUGGAUCUUGAUGACGAAGAGCUGCGUCAAAUGGAGUACAAGCAAACAGGCAAGCGCAAGAACCGACUCAAUGAUGAAGAUACAGCAGCUCCACGACCGCGUGCAGUGCGUCAACGACCAGGACUAGAAGAGUCAAGCGCGCCGGAAAACAACUCGUCACGACAAGAAGAAGACGAAGAAACGAAGGAUUCUGGUGAUUCAACACCGCCUGUGUUUUGGCGUGCGAGUGCAAAUGCCGUUGAAGCAGCAGUGGACUUAUCAGAACCCUCAACAUUUGAAGCAGCAGUAAGCGGCCCUGACCAAGUGCACUGGAGAAAAGCAAUUCAUGCAGAGCUCGAGUCAAUGCGACUUCGCGGUGUGUUUCGUGCAGCCAAGCUGCCCAACGGACAACGCGCCAUUGGCACAAAAUGGGUGUUCAAGACCAAGCGCUUUGGCAUGGAUGAUUGCAAGGCAGUAGCAAGUCCAGUCGACAUGAGCUCUCGACUUGUUUCAAGUGAUGCAACUACCAAGGUCGAUGCUCCUUUUCGCGAAGCUGUUGGUGCGUUGAUGCACCUGACCACUGCAACGCGUCCGGACAUUGCGUUUGCUGUGGGCUAUGUGUCGCGGUUCAUGGAAAAUCCCCAAGAAGAACACUGGGUUGCAGUUAAGCGUAUCUUUCGCUACCUACAAGGCACCAAGACGCAUGGAAUUUGCUACAAGCCAAGUGCAAGGAUCGACUUCCGUGGAUAUUCGGAUGCGGAUUGGGCUGGUGAUCUUACCGAUCGCAAGUCAACAUCGGGGUACACGUUCAUGCUACUCGGUGCGCCAGUCAGUUGGGGCAGCAAGAAGCAGCCAAGUGUUUCGUUGUCCACGAGUGAAGCCGAAUACAUCGCACUCAGCUUGGCGAUUCAAGAGGGCAAGUGGAUUCAUCGUCUGCUUUGUGAGAUCGUGAUGGCUGCCAAUGAAGAAGGACCGGAACUCAUGAUCCAUGAAGACAAUCAGUCGUGUAUCAAGAUGACGAAGAACCCAGUCAACCACGGCCGUGCCAAGCACAUUGAUAUCAAGUACCAUCACAUCCGUGAUGAGGUCAAGCGCGGUGAAGUGAAGCUCAAGUACUGUGAAACUGCGGUGAUGUUAGCGGACAUCAUGACGAAGGGACUUCACGGGCCACGCCACAAGGAGAUGACGGCGACUCUCGGGAUUCGUGAGCAUUCGGAUUGA